UGUAAGUUAUUUUUGAUUUUAAUCGUUUGAAUUUUUUGUUUCAUUUUGAAAACUUAUUUUAAAUAAAUUUUAUAGUUGUUUGUGUAUUAUCUAUAAUUUGGUGGUAUAAACAAAAUCGCUUAAUUCUCAGAAAUUAGUAAGUUCAAAAAUCUCUGUUCUGAUAAUGCUGCCAAAGAAUUGCAUAAAAAUUUACAUUGACUGGGGGCUAUCAUCAAACAUUUAUUUCUUUUGUUUUGAAUUUGUGGUUCAGACAGAAUAGACAUGUUAUCAUUUUAAUGAAGGAAAUGGUGUCACAUAUGUUUAUUUAUUUUUCAGAUAGAAUGGCAGAGAUUAUGAAGAAAGAAGUAUAUGUCAAGGAAUCUGAGAUAACCUCAACUGUAGAGGAUAAAUGUUUUAAUAUACCUGAAGAAGAUAUAAAGCUGGAAAAUACAGAUAUAAAAGGAGUACACGUGGAUCAGAAAUUUGAUCCUCUGCAAUCUGAACCAAAGAAAUUCAAGAGGGGUAAUGAUGGAUAUCCAUGUAAUGAAUGUGAGUACGUAGCUUCACGAGCUGAUCAUUUAAAGAGACAUGUUGAAAAUAAGCACAAAAGAAUAAGAUAUGCUUGUGAUAAAUGUGAGUACGUAGCUUCACGAGCUGAUCAUUUAAAAAGAAAUGUUGAAAAUAAGCACAUAAGAAUAAGAUAUGCUUCUGAUGAAUGGGAGUAUGUUGCUACCAGAGCAGACAAUUUAAAGGUUCAUGUUGAAAGUAAACAUGGAGGAGGGAGAUAUCCUUGUUCUCAAUGUAAGUAUGCUGCGACUACAGCAAGUAAUCUGAAGAGACAUGUUGAAAAUAAACAUGAAGGAGUAAGAUAUCCUUGUUCUCACUGUGAGUAUGUUGCAACUCAGCAAAGUAACCUGAAAAUUCAUGUUGAAAAUAAACAUGAAGGGGUAAGAUAUCCUUGUUCUCAAUGUAAGUAUGCUGCAACUACAGCAGGUUACCUGAAGAUUCAUUUAAAAAAUAAACACGAAGGAGUGAGAUAUCCUUGUUCUCAAUGUGAGUAUGCCGCAACUGAAGCAAGUAAGCUGAAGAGACAUGUUGAAAGUAAACAUGAAGGAGUAAGAUAUCCUUGUCCUGAAUGUAAAUAUGCUGCAACUCAGAAAGGAGCUCUGAAAAAACAUUUAGAAAAUAAACAUAAUUGAGUUCAGAUAUCUCUGUUCUAAUAAUGCUG